CCGGCGGAGCGCCAGUCACUCGGUCAGUCGAUGUCCUGUCAUCCAGCGGCGGCGGCGGCGGCGGCAGCACCACCACAACCACCGUGGGCUGCGGGCAGGACUGACGGAGGACCCGGUGUGUUUCAUACCGAGCCGAGGUUUCAGUUGACGGAUAUUUCACGUCUUCACGACACGUGAGCGCCGCCCCUCGCUAACAUCUGGGGCUCGCGCUUGACAGUGAAACUCCUCUUCCUCGUGCCCGCCGCGAUAACUUAUGAAGUGACCGGCAUCAGCGUCUCACCGGAGGAGCCGUCGGUGCCGCGCUGGGGCUGCGGGAGCCGGACUCGGUUUUGAAGCUGGCAGGCGUAGGGAGAGGCAGCGAGCAUGGAUGAGCCGGGCAGCAGGAACAGCAGCCUGCAGAGGAAGAAGCCGCCAUGGCUCAAACUGGACAUCCCCACCAUCCAGCUGACACCGGAUGACUCGCCCCCGCACACCCAGCCAGUAAAGCGCCUGCGCAGUGUCAGCAUGCCAGGGGAAAACCCUCAGACCUGCACUGCUGCCUUGGAAACUUCAAACAACUACCUCAGACCUCCUCUGGAGAGACUGCCCUCCGUCACACAGUCUAUCAAGAGUGAGAAAAGGGUGCGCUUUGAGCGCGUCAACACAGUUCCCCCAAAGGGCCAGAGGAGCCCCAGGAGGGUGUCAACCGUUCGAAGGCGGUCCUGCAUCCCCAAAAUACUGACCCGACGGCGUUCAUCUAUACCCAAACAGAUCAUCAGGGGUACGGCUGACUGGUUUGGGGUGAGCAAAGACAGCGACAGCACCCAGCGAUGGAGGAGGAAGAGCCUGCAGCACUGCAGCCAUCUGUACGGGGGUCUGAAGGCUCAGGUGAUGAGGGAAAUGGAGCUCCACAGCCAAGACAACCUCUCCCUGGCCUCCACUGAGACCCCUCCCCCCCUCUACCUCCCACCCUACCACCCCAGUCAUCACCACUGUGGCAUGCAGAGGAUUGUAGACCCCCUGGCGCGGGGUCGUGCCUUCCGCAUGGUGGAAGAGGUAGACGGAUUCAGUAUCCCGCAAACUCCCAUCACGCCCGGCACCGCCUCCCUCUGCUCCUUUUCCAGCUCCCGCUCCGCCCUCAACCGGUUGCCGCGACGACGCAAACGGGAGUCUGUUGCUGUCAUGAGUCUCAAGGCUGCAGCAGCACUUAUGAAGGGCCGGACGUUAGGCGAUAGCACCACUGGCCGACAUCACAGACGGAGUUUCAUGCCUCCUAGUUUCUUUGAAGAUGACACUGUGGACUUUCCUGAUGAUCUGGACACUUCCUUCUUCACCAGAGAAGGCCUGCAGGAUGAGUUGUCCAGCUAUGCGGAUGAAGUUUUUGAGACACCAUCGGAGGCUGCCCUCAAACAGCUGGAUGAGAGCGAGCUCACAGGAAGUGCGCUGGAUAAGAAUGAACUGGAGAGGAGUCACCUCAUGCUGCCUUUAGAGCGAGGAUGGCGGAAGACGAAAGAUGGCUCUCUGGUCCAACCUAAAGUGCGUCUGAAACAGGAGGUGGUGAGUGUCAACAGCCAUCAGCAGCGGGGACAAAGGAUUGUGGUUCCCGUUAAGAAGCUUUUUGCCCGAGAGAAGAGGCCAUAUGGGCUCGGCAUGGUCGGUCGUCUCACAAACCGGACCUACCGCAAGCGCAUUGACAGCUUUGUCAAGAGGCAGAUUGAGGACAUGGAUGAUCACAGGCCUUUCUUUACCUACUGGAUCACAUUUGUCCAUUUGCUCAUCACCAUUCUGGCUGUGACUAUCUACGGCAUCGCCCCUGUGGGCUUCUCACAACACGAAACUGUUGAUUCUGUGUUGAGGAACAAAGGAGUUUAUGAAAAUGUUAAGUUUGUGCAACAACAGAACUUCUGGGUGGGUCCAAGCUCAGAGGCACUGAUCCACCUGGGAGCCAAGUUUUCCCCAUGCAUGCGCCAAGACCGAGAGAUCCAGAAACUGAUCCAGGAGAAGAGGGCAAGAGAGAGAGAGUCAGGCUGCUGCGUGAGGAACGAUCGCUCUGGCUGCCUGCAGACUUUACAAGAGGAGUGUUCGAGUACCCUGGCAGUGUGGGUGAAGUGGCCUCAGCACCCCAGUGCUCCCCAACUGAAUGGUGAACUACGCCAACAUGGUUCAGUCUGCCAUCAGGACCCCAGAAUUUGCCUGGAGCCAGCCUCGGUUUCACCUCACGAGUGGCCCGAUGACAUCACCAAGUGGCCAGUUUGUACACGGUACAACUCUGGGAAUCACACUAACCUCCCCCACAUAGACUGCACCAUCACAGGCCGGCCGUGCUGCAUUGGAACCAAAGGACGAUGUGAAAUCACUUCCAGAGAGUACUGUGACUUUAUGCGCGGCUACUUCCACGAGGAGGCUACUCUCUGCUCACAGGUGGCUUGUAUGGAUGAUGUGUGUGGCUUGCUGCCUUUUCUUAACCCAGAGAUCCCAGACCAGUUCUCCAGACUCUGGCUGUCCCUCUUUCUUCAUGCUGGGAUCCUGCACUGCCUGGUGUCAGUCUUGUUCCAGAUGACGGUGCUGAGGGACAUAGAGAAGCUGGCUGGGUGGCUGAGAAUCUCCAUCAUCUACAUGCUGAGCGGCAUCACUGGCAACUUGGCCUCAGCGAUCUUCCUGCCUUACAGAGCGGAGGUCGGUCCUGCAGGCAGCCAGUUCGGUAUCCUGGCCUGUCUGUUUGUGGAGCUGUUUCAGAGCUGGCAGAUCCUUGAGCGACCAUGGUGGGCGUUUGCCAAGCUGUUGGCCAUCUCAGUCUUCUUCUUCUCCUUCGGUUUGCUUCCUUGGAUCGACAACUUUGCCCACAUCUGCGGUUUCAUAUCCGGAUUCUUCCUAUCCUUCGCCUUCCUGCCAUACAUCAGUUUCGGGCGUUCUGAUAUGUACCGUAAGCGGGUCCAGAUCUGUGUCUUCCUGCUGGUCUUCCUGGGUCUGCUCUCCGCCCUGGUCGUUCUCUUCUACGUCUACCCCGUGAAGUGUGACUGGUGCGAGUACCUCACCUGCAUCCCAAUCACUGAGAAGUUAUGCGAGAAGUAUGACCUGAACGCGCACCUCCUCUGAGCGUCUGCCUUUGAAACGGGAGCCGGACUGUCUCUGGGAAGUUGGACUGGUUACAACAUUUUCGAAUUGUUGGAUGAUGAUGUCGCUGAAAAACACAUAUUCACCUGCAGUGCAACUUGCGACUGAGCAAGAACAUUUCUCUCUUGAAAUAACGACCAGUAUUUCAGGAUCUUACGUGGACCUUUGAGUUUCAAACAUAUUUGUUGUACUGUUUGGAAAGGUACAACAGACCCACUAUGAAUAAAGGCAAUGCAUGAACGCCUCCAGGCAUCUGACUAAAAAUAUCCAAGUGCAUGGGAACAAAACUUGACUGAAAAGGACUAACAACUGAUUUAUGUGUGACUGACCUCUAGCUGGGCUAAUCAGAGACCAGUCACACAGGAGGAGAGUUACAAAGGCAACUUACAGUAUCUCCUGCCAAAUUAUUUACCUCUCUUCUUACAUGACUUAACAGCACCUCUCAGUGGCCCAAAGGGGCGUUACAACCUGACACGGCUGCAGAGGACGAGCUGAGGAUUUUUGUUUGGUACUUUUUUUACUGAUGUCCAAACCGUUUUGUCCAUUUACUGGGUGUUGUUAAGAGUUAAAAACUCGCCACGAAACUAGAGUCUAAAAUGCUUAAAUGUGCCUUAUUGACACACAGACACACACACAUACAUGUUGUCUUUUUGUGCCGUGUAUCCGUUUAUGUCAGCAGUUAGUGGCAUUAUGGUUCCUGUUCCUUAACUUUUGUAGAAACUGUAUUUCAAAAUCUGAGAAAACCAUGUAAAAUAUCUUUUUACACAGCAUUUGAUGCGCUUCUUUCGCAAACUGAUUUUUUUUUUUUAAAUACACCCUGUGUUACAUGUAGAGAACACAGUUGUACGUUAAUCUGCUGCUUUGUGAAUAGCUGUUAUGGAGGUGAAUUUGUGUUUGGGUUUUGUUUUUUGUUUUUCUUUAAUUUCAAGUGGUUGCGUUUUAGCUACCUGACAAUAAACACAACAGGACACGGAGUUUGGUUCUU